GGGCUUUUCUACCCCGGUCAUUUGGUCGGUGGGCGAUAUCGGGUUUGAAGAUAUUUCUGAGGACUGGGAUUUAGGGAAGUGAUCAAUGGCGCUAUACGAGGUUUUGACUUGCGUAUUCCUCACUGUCUUUGUGGCUUUUGAAUCGAUCUCCGGCAAUGUUUUGGCGGCGGCGGAAGAGUCGGAAUCGAAGGAAUUUGUCGUGACUUUAGAUCAGUCAAAUUUCACUGAGUUCGUUGCGAAGCACAAGUUCAUAGUCGUUGAAUUUUACGCACCUUGGUGUGGUCACUGCAAGAAACUUGCUCCAGAGUAUGAGAAGGCUGCUUCCAUUCUAAGUACAAGUGAUCCUCCAGUUGUUUUAGCAAAGAUUGAUGCUAAUGAAGAGAAAAAUAAAGCUCUUGCCCGUGAGUACGAGAUUAGCGGAUUUCCCACACUUAAAAUACUGAGGUAUGGAGGUAGUUUUGUUCAGGAUUACAAAGGACCCAGAGAGGCUGAUGGUAUUGUCGAGUAUUUGAUGAAACAAAGUGGACCUGCAUCCAUUGAAAUUAAAUCUGCUGAGGACGCUAGUUCUAUAGUUGACAGCAAUAAGAUUCUUGUUGUUGGGGUAUUCCCAGAAUUUUCUGGGGAUAAGUUUGAGAAUUUCACAACUUUGGCUGAGAGACUGCGGGCUGACUAUGAGUUUGGUCAUACUUUGGAUGCCAAACUUCUUCCUCGCGGCGACUCAUCUGUUUCAGGGCCUCUUGUUAGGUUGCUUAAACCUUUUGAUGAACUCUUUGCUGAUUUCCAGGAAUUUAAUGUGGAAGCUCUAGUGAAGUUUGUUGAAGAAACAAGCACCCCUAUUGUGACGGUGUUUGACAAGGAUCCAAAACAUCAUCCUUUUGUUAUUAAAUUUUUUAACAGCCCCAGUGCCAAGGCAAUGUUGUUUGUGAACUUUGGUAGCGAGCAGUUUGAUACGUUGAAAUCAAAGUAUCACGAGGUUUCUCUGCUUUACAAGGGCAAAGACCUGAUUUUUCUGAUUGGUGAUGUUGAAGCCAGUCAAGGUGCCUUUCAGUAUUUCGGGCUAAAGGAAGAGCAAGUCCCUCUAAUUAUUAUCCAGACCAAUGAUGGGGAGAAAUAUCUCAAGCCAAACGUUGAGCCCGAUCAGAUUGAAUCCUGGGUGAAGGAAUUUAAGGAUGGGAAUGUAAAACCUUUCAAGAAAUCCGAGCCCAUCCCUAAAGAAAACAAUGAACCAGUAAAGGUGGUGGUGGCGGACAAUCUGCAGGAUAUGGUUUUUAAAUCUAACAAAAAUGUACUAUUGGAAUUCUAUGCACCGUGGUGUGGGCACUGCAAAAAGUUGGCACCAAUUUUGGAUGAAGUAGCCGACUCAUUCAAAAACGAUGCUGAUGUGUUAAUUGCAAAAAUUGACUCGACUGCGAAUGAUAUCCCACAGGACACUUUCGAUGUGAAAGGCUACCCAACUUUAUAUUUCAGGUCUUCAACCGGAAACCUGUUGAAAUACGACGGGGACAGGACCAAGGAAAGCAUAAUCGACUUCAUUAACAAAAACCGAUCCACAGUCGAAAACCAGGCACCCGGACACGAUGAACUCUAGAGAAGAAGGUAAUAAUUACACACACUCACAGUGUACGAACAUAGGUUGUCUUAAUGAAAUGGCUUAUCAAUCUGAUGAUGAGAUUUUUGGAUAAUUUGCUCUAUUGUUUAGCUUUUUUAAAGACAGUGUUUUCGACUUUUGGAAAUAUAUAUAUAUAUAUAUAUGUUAGACUGUAUUGCUGAAGUUAAUUUUUAGCCCAUGAAUUGGAAAUCUAUAGAACUGCCAUUGAUAGUAUGUAAAUUUUAAGAUUA